ACAAUUAAACUAACGUUGUACAGUUUCAGGGCUAACGUAACCUAGCUACGAUCUUUCCUCCCUUGUUUAAUUCAACGAUUAAAACCCAAUGGACAUUCAGAACCUGAUUCUUCUUGAGUUAACGGGUGAAAGUUAUUUUAAAUCAGACAAAUUGGCUGAAAAGCUUGGAGUCGAUCAUCAAGUAGUUGUUGGAGGAAUAAAAAGUUUAGAAAACUAUAGUGGGAUAAUAGAUUGUAAAGAUGUGGUCGAGGUUAUUUUACAGUUAACAGAUGAAGGUGAUGAGAUUCUAAACAGUGGUAGUCAUGAGUACAGAGUAUACUGUGCUAUUCCAGAAUCAGGGAUACCACAAAGUGAUAUUUUGAAAAUGUUUCCAGGUGCUAAAAUAGGUAUUAGCAAAGCCCUUUCGUCGAAGUGGGUAUCACUAGUUAAAAAUGAAGCUGGUGUACCUUAUUUGUAUCGUUUGAUUCCAGAAGUCAAGGAUGAUGUACAACAUUUAUUGUUAGAUGUAAAAGAGUCUAAACGUCCUCUAUCAGAUAACGAGAAGUCCCAAUUGAAAAAACGAAAACUAGUUACCGAAUCAAAGCGCACAUCCUACUUGGUACGAAAAGGCCCAUCAUUUUCAACAAAUAUAAGAUCUGAAGAAACAGAUUUAUCAUCUGAGUUGCUUUCCAGUGGAGAAUGGCAAACAGCUCAAUUUAAGGCUUAUAACUUUUACUCUCUUGGUGCCGCUUUACCAUCUGGACAUCUUCAUCCACUUCUGCGUGUACGCUCAGAAUUCUGUAGGAUACUUUGUGAUAUGGGGUUUUCAGAAAUGCCUACAAACAAUUAUGUUGAGUGCAGUUUUUGGAAUUUCGAUAGUCUUUUUCAACCACAACAACAUCCUGCUCGAGAUUGUCAUGAUACAUUUUUCCUUUCAGAUCCUGAGAUUUCAGAUAUCAACAAUACAGUUGAAUCUUGUUACAUUGAUAAAGUUCGUACUGUACAUAGUCAAGGUGCUUUUGGUAGUCGAGGCUAUCAGUCACCAUGGCUAAUAGAGGAAGCGGAGAAAAAUUUGUUGCGUACACAUACAACAGCAGUGAGCGCCCGAAUGCUUCAUGCAUUAUCUAAAAAGAAUCCAUUUACUCCAGCUAAAUAUUACAGUAUUGAUCGUGUAUUUCGAAAUGAAAAUCUGGACGCUACUCAUUUGGCAGAAUUUCAUCAAGUUGAAGGUCUAGUCGCUGACUUUGGUCUUAGCUUAGGCCAUUUGAAAACUGUAAUUCGAACUUUCUUUUCAAAGUUAGGACUUACGCAACUGAGAUUUAAACCAGCAUAUAAUCCAUAUACUGAACCGAGUAUGGAAAUUUUUAGUUAUCAUCCUGGUCUCAAGAAGUGGGUAGAAAUAGGUAAUUCUGGACUAUUUCGUCCGGAAAUGCUUAGACCAAUGGGGUUACCUGAAGGAUUGUCUGUUAUAGCUUGGGGAUUGUCUCUGGAACGUCCAACUAUGAUUCGAUAUGGUUAUAAAAAUAUUCGUGAUUUAAUUGGUCCAAAAAUUGAUCUUAAUAUGAUAUACAAGGCACCAUUGUGUCGAAUGUAUAAGUGUUAGCGCCUGGUCUCAUGCUAUUUCAUAUCGGGAUGUUCGGCAUCUUAUCAAUAAAUUAACGGGCUACGAUGUGCUUCUGACCGAAUGAUUCUUUGAGAGACUCUAAUGUCUUGGGACAGCCUUCUGGUUCAAGCAAGACACAGUGAACAAUAGUAGCCUUGGCUUCAUCAUCACCAUACUGAAUCAAAUAGUUUAACCUAGAUUGGCAUCCAACGUUUUCAUUGAAGCAGUCUUCGAAAUUCUAUAUGAAACUAAAAUAGUCCAUGGGAUUACCAUCAAACUUUAUGAUCUUUCUUUGGUAGGUCUGAAGUUUUAGAUAUCAUUGUCUUUUCCAGUAGGGAGAUUAACUCCACGUGAGGCAGUUGUAGACUCGUACGGCAUCACCUUGUCAGCCAUAACUUGACUAUAAUGUUCUCUUCCUCUUUGACGUAACCUAUCCAGCUCAAUUUCUUUUCUGUCUGAGUUAAGCGUACUUUAGCUAAUUCUAACUCUAACGAGGAAGCCAUUCGGUAGCCAUCUCCUUCAAACUGGUCAUCACUAUGAGUUUUUAGAUAGUGGUGAGACAGUUCAGGAAUCUGAUCAGCCUUAUGAUUCUUCUCCGUCGACAUUUAACAGCACUCAAGGUAUGAAUUUCUGAUGAGAUAAUGGUCGGAGCUUUGUAGGAUUUAAUUAGUCCUACAAGUACUCUACCGGUACUGUAAACGCGAAACUAACGAUCCAGAAUCUAUGUGAAAGCUAUAGUCAGAACAAAGACAACUUGGCUUUAAACUUGAUCUGUUCUAAACGUAAAAGUAACAAUUUGAUUAAUACAAUAAUCAAAGGAAUUAUAGUCGUUAAGUGAAACGCUCAAAACUUUCGACGAGUAUUGCGUGUCUGAUCGAAACGAAUAAAAAAUAUGAGUUGCAGUCACACAGAUAUGAUAGAACAAUGGUAUCCUUUAAUCGGUAGGUCAUAUGCAACAGGAAUAGUCUACAGGCACACCAGAUCAGGUUGACGUGCUAGGUAGUAGCAACUUAAUUGGUUCGUUAUAGACAUAACUAACAUCAUUGAUCCUGUGUUGUUGAAGCAUCCAAGUUUAAUGUUUACGGAUUCUUUUGUUACGAAUAAUGUAAAUAAGAAAUUACUCCCAGUUCAUUAAAAUUUACAAAGUAAACAAUUUGUUUCUGUUAAGCAAUAAGCUAUAUAUAUAGUAACUCGAGCUAAAAUUUUAUUCCGAACACCUUGUCACCAUUCCUAAAUGACUACUCCCCUUGGUUGCACUGUUACUACAUCUUCCAGUUAAUUGGUUAAGUUGUUCGACUCACUGAACUGUGAUGUUAAAUAAAAUAGGUCUCACAUGGAUGCAACAGGUAACAAUUCCAUAUAAAAAAUAUGAAAACUUUCAUUUUUCACUAUAUUGAAAGUAAAUCGGUCAGAUAUAAGUGCUUCUAUUGUUUACAUUAGUUGUAUUGUCUUAAUUUUCCCUUAUGUUUUCUCUAUUUUAGAGUCUUAUUCCAUUGUGA